AUGCAUGCGGGUCCUAAAACGUCCUUGGGAUGCAAUUGGGUCAAUGUCUGGUGUCCUCGAAGCUUAUGUCUUUGGAUCGGACUCGAUCCGGACUCGAUCAUUCAGAAGAUUCACCAUUCGAAGGUCCUCCAGGAUGUCUUUAGUGGCUUCGCUCAGCAGCUGGAUGCUGGAUGGCAAAAACGAAUCCGACACUUAAAGGCAGCCAAGCACCGUUUCGCGAGUUGUACACAACCACUCCAAAGGAUGGUGGUUUACCUCGAUGCUAUCAUCUCCACUCUGGUUUGGGUGUCCACUCAGCGCGAUGGAGCUGACAAAGCUGCGGCGCUGGACUUUCUGGAAGCCAUGAACGAAAAGGACUUGGUGCUCAUGGCCAUGAUGAGCGACCUAGCUGAUGAAACAAGCCAGCUGUUGCGAAUGGUCGAUACGGAAUCUUAUGACUUGUCUGAAUUCCCCGCAGAAGUGGAGACACUGGUGUCAAAAAUGCACCAUUUGGUGAACAAGGGCAACAUAUUCCACCAAGGAUUCACAGCUCAUAUGAUUCAGGCAUUGGAGCGCCCACGUGGGUUCAUGGCAGUGUUCGUCGAGACUGUCUUCAAAGCUGCGAUGCAGACCGCUGGGACCUAUGAUGCCGCUGGCAACCUGUUCUGGAUCAACUUCAAGUGGAGCGCAGCGCCAAAGGUGCCAAUCAACAGGGACUCCGUCAAAAGACUGCAGUCCAAGAUCUUCAAAGACGGACCUGCUCUCUUUGACCGCCCGACUGUCAUUGCUGUUGCCGAAGACAUCUCGGUGUCGAAGGGCAACUUGCGCCGAGUCUCCCCUGAAGAGCCAGAGCAUGCCUACUUGUUCGCCCUGAAGGAUGCCAUCACCAAUGGUGAAUCGGAAGAUGUGCAGUACAAGCGGGUGGCACUGUGCACAUCCAUGAUCUUCGAGAUGUUGCCUACGUUGGAGAAGAUUUUUUUCCGUGGCGUCAACUUGCGAAACAACAUCAUCGAUGAGUAUGACGCACUGACUCGUUCAGCCACCCAGAGAACGUAUGAGCUGCUGACGUACAAGCUCAACAUCGAGGCCAAGGAGGGGAAAAUGAGCAGCGUGGACUUGUACAAUGCAUGGAGCCGCCACGUCCAUGCAUGUGCAUCUCCACUCGCAGAGACAGUCAGCCAAAACUUUGUCGAGACUGCUCUGCGAUUCCAUGACCGCAUCCUCUCCAACCAAGAGCUGCGAACCAUGGUGCUGAACAUGGAUGCCGACUACGGAAAGCUGUCUCCGUUGGGGGUGAUGUCCAACAUCGGGCAGAUCAUGCAGAAGACCAAGUCGCCUGAGCAGCUGCUUUGGGUCAUGGCAACCAUGGCAGACCUGAUGAAGACCAACGAAUGCUCACCGAAAGACUUCACGGUGCGGUCCUUGGGCGGAGCUGUGCGUCAGAAAGGGUUGGUCGACCUGUUUGUCAUGAAGCUGGACUUGAAAAACUACUUCCUCGGCCAAUUCCUAAAGCAGGUGACCCUGAAGCCCAGUGACUUGGUGUUCUUGUGCAACCUGGACACCCACGUCAAAUUCCGGGCGGCCAUGGCCAACAAAGCCAUUUUCGGAACUUUGGGAGAAACAACCCGUUUGAUGAUCACAAUGCUUGCGACGGUGGUCUUUGGCUGUCAAAGUGAUGGGCCUUUGAAGUCAUGCUUGAAGUCCACGUCAGAUCCGUUGGAAGUGGUGAACAAUUGCCAAUUUUUGGCGGAUGCUUUGUCGGAGAUCUCCGCCAAGAACAAAGAUGAAAGUGCAGGUCACCCAGACUCCGCUGGUGAAAAGAAACAGGGUGAUUCGCAAAAAGUCGACGACGAUGAUGAUGGCAUCGAAACCUCUCUGAACGACUUGGUCACUCCUGAGCAGCUGGAAGCGGAUGAUUCCGGAAAGCUGGAAGUUUGGUUGGAUUUUUUGAAGAACAAAUUCGACAGCUUCGUGACCCUUGUCAUUGACCAGGACACCGUCGGUGAUCUGAAGUCUGUUGUGGAAAAAUGCGAGAUUUUGCAGAAAGUGGAAGGGCCUGCAAUGCUGCUUUUUGACUCAAAAAUCGCAGGUGAGGCAUCGUCGAACCCAAACUGUCGACUGCCUCCUUUCCAAGGGAAAAUGCUUCGGCGCUAUGUGCAAACCUUCACCGCACUCCGUGGCAACGGUGGAGACACAGAGGUGCAGGAAGGUGACCUGCGUCGCACUGACAUGAUCGCCUAUAUGGAUGGAAGCCGUCCGGGAAAUGAUAGUUCCGUCAACGGAUGCCUGGUGGACACCAAUGGAAGGUCCAUGAACAAGGUGAAGCAAAAUUUCACUUUGGUAUAUGAUGAAGAGUCACUGGGCGAUCGAAAAGAAAAAGUCAGGGGAUUUGUGCAGCAAACUGAGAACCUCAAUGUCUUUACCCUCGAUGGUUUGCAGCUGCAGAAACAAUCCCGCAAACACUACAGUGGGACCAAUCUCGGAUCCAACAUCGGCCCCAUUCGAGCUCUCGGCUACGACGACCCUGCUUGCUGGAGACUCUCGUUGGCUGACAAGAAACUGUUGUACUCCGAGAAGGGCAAGAUCCUCACUGGGGGAGCAUGUGGUGAAGAGAACAAGGUAGCAAAACCUACUUUUGCGGAUGGGAUGGAGCCCGUGUCGUGGCACUGUUCCAGCCCGACAUUGCUGGCGGAACUGUUGCACAGUUUCCGCCCGAAGGUCGUGUUCCGUUGCCCGGAAUCCGAUCACCUCCUCAUCCUGGAGGCCAUCAAGCAGAAGAUUCCGGUGGUCAGCAUUGUCUGGUCAUCUCACCACGAGAAACUCCUGAAGCAAAAGGCGGCAAAAUUGACGAACCACCUUUGA